AUGGGGACCUUCGAUCUGUGGACAGAUUACCUGGGUUUGGCACGUCUGGUGGGGGCUCUGCGUGGGCAAGAGGAACCUGAGGCCAGGCUGGAUCCUCAACCAGAGCCAGCCCCAGGACCAGGGGAUCAGAGGCCCAGCCCAGAAUCCUCACCAGCUCCAGAACGCCUGUGCUCUUUCUGCAAACACAACGGCGAGUCCCGGGCCAUCUACCAGUCUCACGUGCUCAAGGAUGAGGCUGGCAGGGUGCUGUGUCCCAUCCUUCGUGACUAUGUGUGCCCCCAGUGCGGAGCCACACGUGAGCGGGCCCACACCCGCCGCUUUUGCCCACUCACUGGACAGGGCUACACCUCCGUCUACAGCUACACCACCCGCAACUCUGCUGGCAAGAGGCUGACCAGGCCAGACAAAGCGAGGACACCAGACUCAGGGCACCGCCGGGGAGGAGGAGCAGGAGCCGGAGGAGGAGGAGGAGGAGGUGCUUGUACAGGUGAUAGGGGACCGGUUAUGGAUGCGCCUGUCCUGGAGACUGAGCUCCUGGAGCCUCUAUGA